AUGUGGGAGUUUCGAUCUAUGAAUUUCUGGCGGGCGGUCUUCGCCGAGUUCUUCGGGACCAUGUUCUUUGUAUUCUUCGGCAUGGGUGCCGCCCUGCGCUGGACCACCGGGCCUCAUCACGUCCUGCAUGUGGCCCUGUGCUUCGGUCUGGCAGCCGCCACCCUCAUCCAGUCCAUCGGACACAUCAGCGGCGGCCACAUCAACCCCGCCGUCACCUUCGCCUACCUUGUCGGCUCACAGAUGUCUCUCUUCCGUGCCAUCUUCUACAUGGCCGCCCAGUGCCUGGGCGCUGUGGCCGGAGCCGCGGUGCUGUACGGAGUCACGCCCGGCAACAUGAGGGGGAACAUGGCGAUGAACACACUGCAGCCCGGCAUCAGCCUGGGGAUGGCCACCACUGUGGAGGUCUUCCUCACCAUGCAGCUUGUCGUCUGCAUCUUCGCCGUGACUGACGAGAGGAGGAACGGCCGUCUGGGAUCCGCUGCGCUCUCCAUCGGCUUCUCUGUCACUAUUGGACAUCUCAUGGGGAUGUACUACACCGGUGCUGGAAUGAACCCCGCCAGGUCCUUCGCCCCUGCUGUGCUUUUCAGAAACUUUAUCAACCACUGGGUGUACUGGGUCGGGCCAAUGAUAGGAGGAGCCAUGGGCGCCCUCCUGUACGAUUUCAUGCUGUUCCCGCGCAUGAGGGGUCUGUCCGAGCGCCUGGCCACACUGAAGGGCAGCCGGCCACCCGAGAGCGAGACCCAGCAGGACACCCGCGGGGAGCCCAUCGAGCUUAAGACGCAAGCCCUAUAA